GCGAGAGCGGUAGUCAGACUUCACACAAACUUGCACAAAAUUGGCCUAGAACCUAGAUAAGAAUAAAAACAGCCAUCCCUUUUGUCUUUUUCUUGAUUUUUUCGUACUUUUUGUACGUUUGUCAUCAUUCAGGUACGGAGCUAACGCAUUAAAUAUGAAACUAAUAAAUAACUAGUUGAAGCUGAAAAUGUAGACUAACGUCAGGAUUCGGAGGUUAAGAAAUAAAGUGAUCGUGCAUUGCACAGUCCGAUUGUGCCAAAGGGCCUACAUGUACAUGUAGUGACGAGGAUUUCAACACGUUGGUCGUCUGUAGAUUGCAAAGCCAAACCAAGGACGACCUGAAAAGUCACUGUUACCAUCAUGAGGCUGCCCAAAGUGACGAAGCCAAGAUUUUUUAUUCUGUGGGGUGUGGGUGUGGUCAUCUUGUUCCUAAUCACCUGGAAGUCUUUUUUUAGAUCUGGAACAAGUGUGCAGAGUCGACUGUAUGUUGCUAACAAGCAGAAAUCAUCUUAUGCUGCCAACAUACCUGAUCUCUUGAAUGCUAAGGCUGAUGAUGACUAUCAUGCCGUGCGGCCCCCUUCCUCCAUUGUGGAUGCAAUAAAACCAAAGAUGGCCGAUCCCCAAGAUCAUGACUUAGAAAAACCAGAGGCUGAUUUAAUUCCCUCUCAUGAUGAUGAUGACAGCUCUGAGUCUUAUACUCAGAUCUCAAACCAGUUGGAUCCUGUCUCCUUCUUAGCUGUACCUCAUCAAAAUGUGGAGAAUGAUGGAAGGUUUUCCAGUAAAGAAGGACAGGAAGACCAAGACUCCUAUUCUCAAUCGUCAGAUUACUCAUCACAAGAUGAACAGAAUGACGCAAAUGACUUGAAAAAAGACAAGCCUGCCAAGAUGGGACUGUUUGAAGAAGAUAACAACUUUCCAUAUCCCCCAAAAUCCCCCCUUCAUGGUGGAGAGAGAUACAAAGUUGCUAUGGUAACAGCAAAGACUAAUAAACAAGGGUUAUCAGAGAAUGUAAAAACUAAUGAGAUGGUGGGACAGCAGGUUAAUCCUCUUAAAAUCUCUCAGUAUGCACAGGGUAAUGCAGUUGAUCAGCUUAACAAAGGACAAUCUCAUGUUGUGCCUCAUGUCAACAAAGUAGCUCAUAAAGGAUUGGCAAAUGUGGUUGCCAUGGAUACAGAAGAGUCUUUAGAGACUGACCUGCAUGAUGAAGGCCACGUAAAAGUGUCUCUCGUCACUGAUUUUCCCAACAAAGCUCUCAUUCUUCAUCCAGUUAUAAAUAUUUCUCUGGAUGAGCAUGAUAAAGUUCAGAGACAAAAUCAUCCAAUCAGUGUGCAUCCCGAAGAGAAGACAAAUAUGGUUGCUAUGACAGCAACUCAGGCAAAGGAUGUCCCUCUCAUUAAUAAAAAGCCAAUCAACCGAUGGACUCCAUUUGUAGAGACUGAAGAUCCACUGCUUGAAGAAGAACAAAAACAAAAAGAUGUUCCUGCCAUCCAACCUGAUGGAGGAAAGAUAGAUGGAGUUGCUAUGGAAACAGUUGUGCACAAGGAAGACGGCAUCACCCGUCUGCAUAAAAAAGUGCCUCUUAAAAAGAUUAGAGUUCAUAAUGUAGAACCGGGGAACGCAGAAUUCCCAAGACAGGAUGAAACCCAUCUCUUAAACAAUGAAGAUCCUGGAAGAGGCAACGCCAGAGUCUUACCUGUUCAGGAAACAUCAAGGUCUGCCCAGUCAUAUCGCCAUGGUGAUAUCAGACUUGCCAACUCUGCAGUUGUAGACUCUAAAAAUUCCAAUGUGAUGCUAAAUCAGGCUGCCCAUGAUGACAACACUGCUGACAGAAAUCCUACGAUCAUCUUGUCCAGACAGACUGCCUACCCUGCCGAAAGACUGAAACCACCCAUUGUAUCUCAACCAGCUAACAGUUUGGAGUUGCAACAACCAAAGCUUGACUCAUCUGGAGAAAUACAAGGACAUAGAUCUGCACAAACAAGGAAGGUCAUUCCACCUGAGGAGGAAACAGAAGAGGAGUUUUUACAGCGCAUGGAAGAUGUGCAGCAGGAACGACACGAUAGAGUCCGACAAAAAUGCCAAAGUAAAUACAAUCUAACACUGUUAGACUUCCAACAAGAUCGUCAAGAGAUACUCUCUUGGAAGAAGUAUUAUGAGCAUGCAUAUGCUAACAACGAUCAUCAAUUCAUUAUUUGCCGAGUACUGAAAGCUGCUUCAUUCAGUUGGCGUAAAGUCAUGAUUUCUCUCUAUGCUAAGGGCAGUGCAGCAUUUCGGCAAUCACAGAAGAUGGGAGACUAUCCCAUGAUGAACUAUGAGGAUGAAACUUUUAUAUCUAAGCUACAGAACUAUAAGAAGAUUUUGUUUGUGCGUGAACCCUUUGCACGUUUAUUGUCAGCUUACCGGGAUAAAUACGUUGAACUUCGUCACUUCCCGUAUUAUCAGCCUAUUGGUAUGUCUAUCAUACAGAAGUAUAGAAAGAAUCCUACACAGAUGGAAAUUCGGUCAGGGAGACCGACAUUUGAAGAAUUCACAAAAUGGGUGAUAAAUGAAGAAGUCCCUGGAGGAGAUUAUCACUGGCGCCCACUAUUUAACUGGUACCACCCCUGCCAGAUGUGGUAUGAUUUCAUUGGUAAGGUGGAAACAGCUGCAGAAGAUGCAAGGUACAUCUUCAAGAUGAUUGGAAUUGAUAAAUUGGAAACAUUUCCAUCAACUGAGACCCAUCAUAAAUUCAGCUCCAGUCCAGAUGUUCUGGAGGAAUUUUACUCCCAACUUUCACCUGAUCUGUUGCCACAACUUAUCAACCGAUACAAACAGGAAUUUGAAUUGUUUGAUUAUCCUAUACCACAGAAAAUGAGUGAUAUUUGGACUAGAAUGUAAAAUGUCCUUCAUGAAAGAAGGCAAGAUGUCGGAAACUAGAUGGUUUAACUGUCCCAUUUUUAUGAAUGAAGAGUGGCAAGUCAACUCAGUCGAAUGACUAAAUUGGCAUUAUUAGUUAUCACGCAAAUGCGAGUGGAACAUAGACUAAUGUAGUCAUACAUGUACGGGACAAAGACGCACUAUAUUAUUCUGUGUUCCAUAAUCGUGAGUGUAAUAACGAAUUUAUCUUCAAGCAAACUUGUCACACUGUAAAGAUGUUACAGGGCUGAUGUGCGCAAACACGCUACCUUUGAAUUUAAAGUAACACUUGCAGUUAUGCAUUUUGCUUUUAGCAUAAAAAUAGUGCAAUGCAUUGAGUUAGAACAGUGCAUUACGCAGGGUUGAUAUGAACCAGGUAAUACAGUUAAAUAUAUCACACUGUUAGUUGCCAUGGAUCGACCAAUCAGAACUGAGAAUUCAAGUUUGCCUGAAGAUACAUGUAAAGACGCAUAUAGAGCACUCAGUCUUCAUUAGUGAUAACUUCACGUUGAAGUUUGUUGGCUGAUUUAUAUGAGGAGAUGGUUCAUAGCAUCAUUAGUAUUCAGAUGUACCUAAAUUUAUUUUUAACAAAUUGAAAACAGGUUAAGUGCAAUGUACUUGAUCAGUGAAUGAAAAGUAACCAGCACACUUCUAAAUCUUCUGAGUACACACAUGUAGCAAAUGCAUGAAAUUCAGUCUUUUUAGAGACUUCCAGUGACUUUAGUUUUCUUUAUACAGAUUGCUUUUUCAUCAUGUCCUCGUUGCCGGUACAGUAUAUGUGAAAGUUUUCAUGUGGGUAGAAGCAGCGCUCAUUGUACAUGUACAGUGUACAAAGCCCUCAAGCUAUGUGUACAAGAUACAUAUCCAUGUUAUUUCAAGUUCUAAUUUAAGCUGUGAUACAUGUACUUACAUAGUUUUUAUUUCCUAAUGCAAUCAGGGUAAAUUAAAAAACUUGUCACAGUAUUGAAUGGAAAAAAAAUUAAUAUUUAACUCAGUCCCAUGGGUUCAGGUUAUCAGAAUGAGUGUUGUGGUGGCAAGUGAAAACCAGAUUGUUUCUAUUUAUGCUGAAGUAAGUACAGUAUUAAGUGAAAAUUAUUUGAAGGAAAUACUUUGCAUAGUUCAAACAUCACAUGACUGAGAGAAAACCACAUUUUUAAAUAUGCAUUUACCUAUUUUAAAAGCAGGUGUUUUUACACAUUGCCAUCUUUGCCAUAAUAUUUUCUUGCCCAUUUAAUUUUUCUAAACUGUUAUCAUAGAGCUAUAAUUAGUUCAAUGAAUGUUUACUUAUCGAGUAUUAUAUCUCAUUUUUUAAUUUUAGUAGUACAUGUAUUAUUUAUUGUGGAGGCUAGUCUUAAUCUCAAUUUUAGAACUCUCUUUUUACAGUUUUAAUGUAACACAUGUUUUAUCAAGUACAGAAUCUGUUUUCAUGUAUAGUAGAUUGUUAAAAGUAGUUCUUCCACUUAUUUGUUAAACAUUUAUGUCAAGUUUCCCGUCGUAUCAGUAUUGGGUUUUAAUUGGAAAUUGCAUGGGCAUUUUGCCAAGCUUUUUAACAGCCAAAGAAGAAACCGAAAAUAAAUCUAAAAACUUAGAGCAUGGUGCUGAAAAUUCAAAAUCAAUAAAAAGGCCAAGAUUU